AGGAAGGUAGUAAGAGAGAAGAGGAUCAUACGACUUUACUCUUACAACGACGCGACGGCCCCAACACUCACUUUCUUAUCUUAAAUACUCUUCAGAAACGGACAUCCCAAUGCUUGGAUUCGAUUAACCUCUCUCUCUCUCCUUCUUCAUGGUUCAUGGGUUUAAGUGCUUUGUUACUUUAACCCCACUGCCCACUUACACACUCGCCAAGUAUUCUCCUUCUCUUUAUUUAACACCCUUACCAAAAUAUUAUACCAGGCUACUUCUCCUUUUGCUCUUUCUCCUUCUCCAGUUGUAGAGACAGUCUCUCUGUUGCUGUAGUGACCUGGAAUCUCUUCCUUAUGGAAGGAAAUGUUCCUUAGAUUUCCAAGUUUGAAAAUACGGAGGUUGCAAUAAGACAGUUUGAGGGUUCUUGGCCAUUUGAGAUCCUACAGGUUAAAAAUGAUGAUGUUUGAUGAAAUGGGAUUUUGUGGUGAUAUGGAUUUCUUCUCUGCUCCUCUUGGGGAAGAUGUGACCGCUCCACAAGCUGACCCAGAGCCUACUGUGGAGGAUGAUUACAGUGACGAGGAUACUGAUGUUGAUGAGCUUGAGCGUAGGAUGUGGAGGUACAAGAUGCGUAUUAAAAGGGUGAAAGAGCAGAACAAGAAUAAGGAAGGUAUCGAUAUUGCUAAGCAGCGGCAGUCUCAGGAGCAGGCUAGGAGGAAGAAGAUGUCUAGGGCACAAGAUGGUAUCUUAAAAUAUAUGUUGAAGAUGAUGGAAGUUUGUAAAGCUCAGGGUUUUGUUUAUGGGAUUAUCCCAGAGAAAGGAAAGCCAGUGACUGGGGCUUCUGAUAAUCUUCGAGAGUGGUGGAAGGAUAAAGUCAGGUUUGAUCGAAAUGGUCCGGCUGCUAUAGCGAAGUACCAAGCAGACAAUUCGAUCCCAGGCAAGAAUGAGGGUUGUAAUACUAUUGGUCCAACCCCACACACACUGCAGGAACUUCAAGAUACAACUCUGGGUUCACUCUUAUCGGCACUGAUGCAGCACUGUGACCCUCCUCAGAGGCGAUUUCCAUUGGAGAAAGGUGUUCCUCCGCCAUGGUGGCCCGCUGGAAAUGAAGAGUGGUGGCCUCAACUAGGCUUACCAAAGGAUCAGGGCCCUCCACCUUACAAGAAGCCUCAUGACUUGAAGAAGGCAUGGAAGGUGGGGGUUCUCACUGCAGUCAUUAAGCAUAUGUCUCCUGACAUUGCCAAGAUUCGUAAGCUUGUGAGACAGUCCAAGUGUUUGCAGGACAAGAUGACAGCCAAGGAAAGUGCUACUUGGCUUGCAAUUAUCAACCAAGAGGAGGCCUUGGCCCGAGAGCUUUACCCCAACUCCUGCCCGACUCUGUCAUCAGCUGGGGGGAGUGGGUCUUUGGUCAUUCAUGAUUGCAGUGAGUAUGAUGUUGAAGGGGUUGAAGAUGAGCCAAACUUCGAUGUAGUGGAGUACAAACCUGAGAAUAUCAGUUCUUCCAAUCUGGGAAUGGAGAGGAUGAGGGACAGGCUGCCACUUCUACAACCUUAUCCAAUUAAGGGGGAAAUUAUCACCAAUGUUGAUUUUAUUAGAAAGAGAAAGCCAUCCACCGAUAUAAACAUGAUGGUGGAUCAGAAGAUAUAUACAUGCGAGUUUGUUCAAUGUCCUUACAGCCAACUCCGCCUGGGUUUCCAUGACAGGACAUCUAGGGACAAUCAUCAAUUAACUUGCCCAUACAGAAGCUCUUCUUUAGAGUUUGCAGGUUCAAAUUUUCAUGUUAAUGAAGUGAAGCCUGUGAUCUUUCCUCAACCCUGUGCUCAAUCGAAGCCUGCUGCUCCAAUGAUGAAUACAGGUGCAACUGCCUUUGAUCUAUCAGGAGUUCCGGAAGAUGGGCAAAAGAUGAUCAGUGAGCUCAUGUCAAUCUAUGACAAUAACAUCCAAGGCAACAAGAACACAAAUUCUGGCAACAAUGGAGUCACUGAAAAUCACAAUAUUUUCCAGCCAAAAAUUCACCACCAACCUGACAAUUACUUCCGAGGUCCAGGCAAUGUGAUCGAGGGAAAUAUCUUUGAGGACUCGAACAUCCACAAUAACCAUCAGAUGUUUUCACAGGAUGGUUGUCAAUUUGACAGGUUUAAAGCUUUGAAUUCUGCAUUUGAGAGCAAUCAGCAGAACAACAACAACAAUAACAGCAAUAGCUUCAAUCUGAUGUUCGGGUCUCCAUUUGAUCUGCCUUCAUUUGACUACAAAGAGGACUUACAGGGCCUGGCAAUGGAUUCUUUGCCAAAGCAGCAGGAUGUUUCAAUCUGGUUCCAGUAAAAAAGUACAGUCACCGUACAAGAACUUUUACGUUCUAUUGGGAUGACCUAUCUUAGUCUUAUUAGCCUCUGCAAACCAGUGAGCUUUCACUGGAUAAAAACUAUUAUCAGUUACUGUAUUUCCCUGAUCUGGUAGGCCUAGAACUUGUUAGAUAGUUAAAGCAGGGGAGUGAAAUGGGCUAAUAAAGAGAUUAGCAAGUCCCAUAAAUUUACUCCUGCUGUUGAUUACUAUACAUAAUGCGACUGUGAAAUAAAUAAGUAUUAGCUAUGUUUUGUGGGUUUGGGGGGUUGUUCUUUGUUUCAUCAGAUCGGAUCAGAUCAACCAUUGUGGUUAGGAAUGUGAUGGAAGGUCUUUGUUUAAAUUGUCUUGUAAUGGGUACAUGUUGUUUGGUUCUCGCUGAAUGAAAAGGGUUGUCUUUUUGUGAA